AUGGGAGGUCUAUCUGCUAUGACAUCUAUUCGUGAUCAAUUUCUUCUUCUUCGUCUUCUGCUGUUGUUCCAGCUGCUGCUUUUGGAUUUUGUAUACCUUAAAAGCAAUAUUGUUGGAGCAGCUGGUCUCAGUAGUACUACUACUCUCACUGUGAGCAGCAGCAGCAGCAGCUGCAUAGAGGGAGAGAGACAGGCACUACUCGAGUUCAAAGCUGGUCUAAACGACACUACUUCGGGCCGACUCUCUUCUUGGAUCGGUGGUGAUUGCUGCAGAUGGAGAGGUGUGGUCUGCAACAAUAUGACCCGCCAUGUCAUCAAACUCGACCUUCGAAAUCAACCUGUAUACUCCGAAUUGACAAGUGUUGAUGAAUAUUACGACAUUGAUUGGGAAGCUGCCCAGAAGUCUUCUUUGGGUGGAAAGAUAAGUCCUUCAUUGCUCAAAUUGAAACACUUGAAUUACUUGGACCUCAGCUUCAACAUUAAUUUUCAAGAAACCCAUAUUCCAAAAUUCCUCGGUUCACUUCACAACUUGAGGUAUCUCAAUCUCUCUCUUUCACCAUUCACUGGAACAAUUCCUCUUCAACUUGGAAAUUUGUCAAGAUUGCAAUAUCUUCAUCUCGGUUCUUCUGAUGGUGGUGAUCUAACGAUCAACAAUCUUCAGUGGCUCUCUGGUCUAUCUUCUUCUUUGAGGUACCUAAACAUGGAUUAUGUGAGGUUUACAGGUAAGUCUUCAACUGGCUGGAUACAAGCUGUUACUAUGCUUCCUUCUCUGUCAGAACUACACCUGUCCUCCUGUCAACUUUCCAACAUCCCUCUCUCAAUAUCAUCUCUUCAUUCAUAUGCUGCAAAUUUUACUUCUCUUCUAGUCCUCGAACUUACUCUGAACAACUUUAGCUCCUCAAUUAUUCCUCCCUGGAUUUCCAAUAUUACAAGUCUUACUGUUCUUGACUUAUCCGAUACGGACAUUGGAGGAAGGAUACCAAAAACUUUGGGUAAUCUUUGCAAUUUGAAAAGGUUAGAUCUAUCAGAUUGCAAGAUUAAUGGCGGAAUAACAGAAUAUGUGAAUAGUUUGUCCAUGUGCAAUUCUAGUAGCCGCUUGGAGACACUACAUUUGGGUUACAAUUAUAAAGUUUCAGGUCUGAUUCCAUCAUCUAUCGGAAACUUGUCAUCCUUGAUAGAAUUGGACCUCUCUGCUACUCAACUUUCAGGUCCAAUUCCUACAUCUAUUGGAAACUUGUCAUCCUUGAUAGAAUUGGACCUCUCUGCUACUCAACUUUCAGGACCAAUUCCUGCAACUAUCAGAAACUUGUCGUCCUUGAGAACAUUAGACCUCUCUAAUACUCAAAUCACAGGUCCUAUUCCGAUGUCCAUUGGAGGAUUGUCAUCCUUGAGAACAUUACACCUCUCUGGAACUCAAAUCACAGGUCCUAUCCCGAAGUCCAUUGGAGGAUUGUCAUCCUUAAGAUAUUUGGACCUUUCCUACAAUCAAAAAUUGGAUGCAACUAUUCCUGAAUCGAUUGGGGAACUUUCAGAGUUGGUUGUAUUGAUGUUAACUGAGAGUUCUUUGAAGGGCGUUAUUUCAGAAGGUCACUUUAAAAAUGUCAAAAGUUUAAAAGUGCUAUACAUCGGCUCUGAAGUUCCAAAUAAGCCCUUGGUUUUUAAACCGAGCAGGGAGUGGAUUCCAACUUUUAGUCUGGAGACUAUCCAUAUGUCUGACCUCCAAAUGGGCCCCAAUUUUCCUCCAUGGCUUGCAACUCAAAAGAACCUCUCCGGUAUAACUCUCAGAAACGUAGGAAUUUCAGACACCAUACCAGAUAGCGUUUGGAAUUUAUGUGCUCGGCAGUGGAUACAUACUUUGGAUCUCUCUCAAAAUCAAAUCAGAGGGAGGGUACCAAAUUCUUUGGAAUUUUUCAGUGCAGAUACAGUAGAUUUGAGUUUCAAUCAAAUCAAUGGUUCUUUCCCCCUUUGGUCUAAUGUUAGUGAUCUAAAUCUUGGGACAAAUUUAUUCACAGGACAAAUUCCUCAGAAUAUUGGUAAAGUUUUAGGGUCUGGAGUAUACGCUUUAGAUUUUUCUGGGAAUUUUUUAAAUGGGAGAAUUCCUUCUUCUAUAUGUCAACUACCGCGUUUGACGUUUCUUGGCCUUUCAAAUAAUAGUUUAGGGGGAGAACUCCCUAACUGUUGGAAGGACAUGAAUGAGUUGGCAGUUCUAGAUUUAGGUAACAAUAAUCUAUCAGGCAAGAUUCCUCAAUCAAUAGGUUAUUUGUCUUCAUUGAGAUUUCUACUACUUAGUAGCAACAACUUUCGUGGCAAGUUUCCUUCAUCAUUGCAAAAAUGCACAUCUUUAUUGGGUCUUGACCUUAGCAGAAAUGGAUUCACUGGAAAUAUACCAACAUGGAUUGGAGAAAGUCUAUCAGCUUUGAGUAUUAUCAGCCUUCGUUUCAACUUUUUCACUGAAGAAAUUCCUUCACAAAUCUGUAACCUUUCUGAGCUUCACUUCUUGGACCUCUCACAUAAUAAUCUAUCAGGACUCAUUCCACAAUGUUUGGGUAACUUGAGUUAUCUAGAAUCAAAUGAGGCAUAUCCUACAUCAGGCUUUUAUGGGGAGCACAUGAUGGUAGUUACAAAAGGAAUAGAACUUGAAUACAGCUCCACUCUUGACUUGGUGAACAGCAUUGAUCUUUCAUACAAUCAUCUAUGGGGAAAGAUUCCAGAUGGGAUAACAAGGCUAGUGGGAUUGGGUACCUUGAACUUAUCAAUGAAUCAUUUGACAGGAAAGAUCCCGGAGAAGAUUGGGGAUUUGCGAAAUCUGGAAACACUUGACCUCUCCACAAACCAACUUUCAGGUGAGAUUCCUCCAACCAUAUCUUCUUUAACUUUCUUGAGCCACUUGAACCUCUCACAUAACAAUUUAUCUGGGAAAAUUCCUUUAAGUAACCAGAUCCAGACCAUCAUUGAUGCUGAUGCAUCAUCGUCCAUUUAUUCUGGGAACUCCGGACUUUGUGGGUUGCCACUACCUAAUAAUUGCCCAGGCACCAACAUAUCUCCUCCAGCAUAUGAUGAAGCCAAAGUUGAUGGAGAUCAUCAAAAUGAAGAAUGGAUGGAUAUGCUAUGUGGAUGGGUGAAACUAAACACAGAUGGGUGUUCUCUGGGAAACCCUGGGAGGGCUGGGGCUAGAGGGAUCCUUAGGGAUGAUCGUGCUGUUUUGAUUUCAGCUUUUAGUGUUUCCCUUGGUAUAAAGACCAAUUAUGUGGCUGAGUUCAUGGCCCUUCUUCACGGCCUUCUGAGAGCUAAAGAAAUGUAUGUGACCCGUUUAUGGAUCGAGUGUGACUCCAUGUCUGUGGUGGAUUUGAUUCGGGCAGGGUCAAUCCCUUGGUUUGUCAGGCAGCAGUGGCUCGGUUUGCAACCAUAUCUCCUCUCUAUCUUUUGGAAGAUUUCCCAUUGCUUUCAUGAGGCAAAUCCGGUUGCUGAUUUCCUUGCCAAGUCAGCGGUGAACAGUGGUGUGUCUAUUCCGUGGGUCUCUGACUUCCUUGCUUCAGUUUGGAGUUUUUUUUCUGAUGAUGCUUUCUAA